AUGUUCGUGGAAGCAUCGAUCGUGGUCGGAGCAAUCCUGUGCGCCAAAGCUGGGGCGAUGACGUACGCGUACGUGUACCAUCGGGAGAGCUUCGACCGGCAAUGCGCGAACUGCGAAAGGGCCACGAGUGGGUUUGAUUUUAGUGGUGGUGGUGGUGAUAAAAAGGGUGAGACUGGAAAGGAAACCGGCGACGACGACGAAAGAGGGACGAGCGAGGAACCGUCGGCGCCGAAGCGGAUGAAAGACGUAAAGAAAGGACGGAGUUUUAAAAAAAUGUUUAGCAGCAAAAAGAAGAAGACGAGUGGUUUUAGAGGUCUCGAUGAUGACGACGACGCGAAGAAGUCGUAG